AUGUUAAACUUCUAUGUCCUCUUCUACUGUAUGCCAAUACUAGCAUAUUCUCUUCUAAGAGCUGAUUAACAAGAUUAAUAAAACGAAGCAAAUGGAUUAGAAAUUGGAAAAUAGGAGCUUUAAAAUAAUAACCAUUCAAGGCAUUUGCUCAUAAAUGAAUGUGAAUAUUUACUAAAUAGGACUUCAAUAAUUUUACUUUCAAGAAUUCUACUAUCAAAGAUAUAGGAAAAAAUUCUAUUGUCUUAUCAAAUGGGUAAGGCAAUAUUUAUUUGUUGA